AUGUUGGAUAAGCUGUUCACUGCGUGGGGGUCCGCGGACGAGUUCGCCAGAGUUUCAAAGUUGAAGGAGAGUGCACGCAUCUUCCAGCAGCACUUCGGGGACACGCCCUUCGGCGGCCCCGCGCGGCGGCUCCUCGCGCUGGCAGGCUUCCGCUCCGAGCCCGAGGGCGAGCAGGGACGGUUUUGGGCGUUCCAGCAAGAGGACCCGCGCGCGCGGCUCAGCGGCCUGACGGUGCGGCUGUGCCUGAAGAAGCUCGGCGACCUGCAGCGGGCCCGGGGCGCCAUGCGUUUUACGCAGGCCACCAACGCCGCGGUGCUGCCGCAGCCGGGCGACGGGCGGCUGCUGGAGCUCUUCGACAUGUACUCGGAGGUGUGCGUGCCGGUGGAGACGCCGAUCACGGUCUCCAUGCGGGAGCGGAACGUGGAGGCGGAGGUGAGGAUCAAGCUGAACGAGCGCCGGGUGGCCAGCGGUGUGAAGGUGGUGACCGAGGCCCGCCUAGGCCCCUAA